AUGUUAGUUGAAAUUUUGAAAAUAAGCGUCAAGUAUCUCGGGGUGUGGCUGAAUUCCGCGGUGAGCUUUGGCCCCCACGUGAGAGCAGCUGCCGCCAAGACGGAAAACGUCAUCAACGCACUAAGCAAAUUAAUGCCAAAUAUAGGAGGCCCGACGGAGCAGAAGAGAAAGAUCUUAGGAUCGGUAGCGCAGUCUGUAAUGAUGUACGGAGCGGUACUCUGGGCUGACGCCAUGUAUGUGGCUACAUAUAGAGACGCACUGCACAUAGUGCAGCGUAGAAUCGCUUUACGUAUAUGUAGAGCAUACAGAACGGUCUUUUAUGACGCUGUCACCGUGCUUGCACGGGUGAUCCCCGCUCAUCUGUCAGCGAAGGAAAGGAAACGGGUAUUUUAUAGUGAACUCCCAAAGCAAGAGGAGGCGAGAUUGUCGAAAGUCGAUACGCUCGAGAGAUGGCAGCGCGAAUGGUCCGAGGCGAGGAAAGGGGAAUGA